CAUGGCCGAGCCCUCGCCCCUUGCGCUGCCUGCCGCCGCGGGCCCGGCGCUGCUGUGCCGGCUGCAGUGCCUGGCGGACGGGGACCCGUUCUCGUGCGCCGCCUUCCCGGAGCCGCGCCGCCCGCCCGCCCAGCCCGUCCUGGAGGCGCUGCCGCUCGCCGCCCAGGUGCCUGUCUUCCAUCGCCUGCUGGGAGCACCAGUGCCGCUGGAGGACUGCACCUUGCAAGUCUUGCCUUCCGGGCAUUAUUUGGACCUGGACCUUUCACUGCUGGAGCAGAAAGAGGAGCUGGAAGGGUUCUAUGAAGACAUCAGCAAAGGGAGGCGGCCCAUCCUACUCCUGCGUACACAGCUCUCCGUCCGAGUGCACGCCAUCCUGGAGAAACUCUACAAUUCCAAGGGUCCCGAGCUGAGGCGCUCUCUCUUCUCCUUGAAGCAGCUCUUUCAGGAAGAUAAAGACCUGGUGCCGGAGUUUGUGAAUUCAGAAGGGCUGACAUGCCUCAUCACGGUGGGAGCUGAAGCUGACCAGAACUACCAGAACUAUAUCCUGAGAGCCCUCAGCCAGAUCAUGCUCUUUGUGGAUGGGAUGUUGGGCGUGAUCAACCAUAGCGCGACAGUGCAGUGGCUCUACACACUCUGUGGCAGCAUGUACCGCCUGGUGGUGAAGACGGCCCUGAAGCUGCUGCUUGUCUUCGUGGAGUACACCGAGUCCAACGCCCCGCUGCUCAUCCAGGCCAUCCUGACGGCGGAGCAGGCCAGAGGUGGACUUCCGUGGUCGCACCUCAUGGCCCUCCUGGAGCAGCAGAAUGGAGCUGACAGUGAGCUGCAGGUGUUUGCAGUGACGCUUAUCAACAAGACGCUGGCUGCCCUCCCGGACCAGGACUCCUUCUACGAUGUGACGGACUGCCUGGAGCAGCAGGGCAUGGAGAAGGCCGUCGCGCUGCUCCUGGCCCAGAAGGGCACCGACCCAGACCUGAGGCAGCAGCUGGUCAUUUACGAGAACGCCCUCAAGUACGAGGAUGGGGCGGAAGAGCCCCCAUCUGGUGCCCGCUGCAAGGAGCGGAGGAGGGGGGACGAGGGCCGGAGGGGCCAGCGGCGCUCGCUGGGCUACAUUGCGGCCCAGGAGGACGGCUGGAGAUCCGGGGCUAUGGAAGACACGCAGCCCAGCCUCGGUCCGGCACUGGGCCUGGCUGGGGAGAGCCACGGAGACCGGCCCAGUUUCCAGAGCACGUACAGCAGUGGCUCCGAGGUGCAGCUCUCUGCACCGUCUGCCCUGGUGGAAGGAGGAGGGCCGCUGGCCACGCUGGGCGAGAGGAGCGUCUUCAAACUUCACGAAACUGCCUCUGCUUGGCGAGAGGAAAGCUCCCCAGUAGCUGGGGACAAGGCUGUUCUGAGGCGUUUUGAAGCCCGCUUCCUGGAAAACCUGGCUGCCUCCCAGAAGGAGAAGAUGGUGGCCAUCUCCAGGGGGCGAGCAGAGGCUCUUGCGGAAGCGACUUCAGGCACGGAGCCAAUUGCCCCAGGGAGAUGGAGCGAAGACGGCCAGGCCGGAAGUGGUGCUGGGGAGGAGGCCGGCUCUCCCUUGGCUGGAGGAGACAUGCCGGGUCAGGGGGCCCCCUUUGAUCCCCACGGCGUCUCUGGAAGCCUUGUGCUUUGCAGCAGUCCGGAUCCCUGCCGUGGCCUGGCUUCCGGGAAGAAACGGGUGCUGGACGAGCUCUUCUCCAGCAAGAGCUCAGAGGGGCUGGAGGGGCUGCCUUCGUGCCUCGCAGAUGAGCGCCUGGCAGAGGCCCGGAGCCAGACGAAGCAGGAAGGGGAAGGGCCCAGGCAAAGCACUGGCAAGGGGGCUGAGGGCCAGGCCGAGAUGUGGGCCCGGCCGUUACAGGCCCAAUUCAGCAUUGAGGCUGAGGCCAGCCUGCAGAGCCUAGAGCAGGCUCACAUGACACCUUUCCGAAAGGGCUCUGAUGCGAUGUGGAGCCCUCCGCAACCCAGCCCUGUGCUCCUGAAGAUCCGGGAUCUGGACUUCUCCGAUCUGGGUGAGGAGGAGGACUUUGACAUCCUCGACCCGGAGCCACUGGAGGAGAUCCCUCUCCCCGUGGCUGAGGGUGUUGCUGGGCCCGUGGCUCCUCCCCCGCCUCCCCUGCCUCCUGGUGGCUGCCCCCCUCCUCCCCCCCUACCAGGCUGCCCCCCUCCCAGCAUGCUGGGCUCCUCCAGGGAAGAGGCCCCCUCCCCCUCCAAGAAGAAGACGAAGAAGACCACCAAGCUCUUCUGGAAGGAGCUCAAGGACGUGGCUGGCUCGGAUGGAGGAAGAGGCGGACGAUUUGGGCCAGCCACUCUGUGGGCAUCCCUGGAGACAGUCGAGAUCGACACGGCCAAGCUGGAGCAUCUGUUUGAGUCCAGGGCAAAGGAGGUGCUGAGCUCCAAGAAAGUUGUUGAUGGAAAGAAGCUCGUCGUGGUCUUGGAUCCCAAGAGGAGCAACGCCAUCAACAUCGGCCUGACGGUGUUGCCUCCUGUCCACGUCAUCAAGAUGGCUAUUCUCAACUUCGAUGAAUUUGCCAUUAACAAGGAAGGGAUUGAGAAAAUCUUGGCCAUGGUUCCAACUGAGGAAGAAAAGCAGAAGAUCCAAGAAGCCCAACUGGCCAGCCCCAACGUCCCUCUGGGGUCAGCUGAGCAGUUCCUCCUGGCCCUCUCCUCCAUCACGGAGCUCAGCGCCCGGCUCCAGCUGUGGGCUUUCAAGAUGGACUAUGAAACUAUGGAGCAGGAAAUCGCAGAGCCUCUGUUCGACCUAAAACUUGGCAUGGAGCAACUCGCCAAAAACCAGACGUUCAAGUGUAUCCUUGCCACUCUGCUAGCCAUGGGCAACUUCCUGAAUGGAUACCAGAGCCAAGGGUUUGAGCUGAGCUACCUGGCAAAGGUUUCAGAGGUGAAGGACACAGUGCACCGGCAGACCCUGCUACACCACCUGUGCCACAAUGUGGUGGAGAAGUUCCCAGAUACAACAGACCUCUACUCGGAGAUUGCUGCCAUCACGCGCUCUGCCAAGGUUGACUUUGAUGCGCUGGCUGAAGGUCUGCUCCAGUUAGAGCAACGCUGCAAAGCAUCCUGGGAUAGCCUCAAGGCCAUCCUGAAGCAUGACACCAAACCGGCACUGAAGAGCAAACUGGUGGACUUCCUGCAGGCCAGCACUCAGAAGAUCAUCCUCCUCAAAGUUGUGCACAGGCGUGUCUUGAACAGGUUCCAUGCUUUCCUCCUGUACCUGGCCUAUGACAGUCACUCGGUGCAGGACGCCAAGGUCACGGCCUUCUGCCAAACCCUGCGGGAGUUUGCCCUGGAAUACCGUACGUGUCGAGAACGGGUCCUGCAGCAGCGGAAGAAACGGGCAGCAUGUCGGGAGAGGAACAAGACCCGUGGCAGGAUGAUCACGGAGAUGGAGAGAUUUGCUACCAUCAGGCAGCCUGACGACAGCUCCAGCUGUGCCCCAGCUGUGCUCUCUGCCAGCCCAGAUCAGAUGGAGGAUUCAGGCCACGAGGUCAUGACCAGCGUGCUCAUCUCCCCCCUGGCAGAGCCCUCUGGCCGCCGCUCCCGGGCCAGCAGAGGUUUUGGCAAGUCCAGCCCGCCCAGCGUGCUGCCUGCCCCACCGGACGAUGCACUUGGUGCUGUGGAAGAUGCCUCCGAGGAGAUCAUGGACCGGCUGGUGAAGUCAGUGACGCAGAGCACUCCACCGCGGCCAGGCUCCGGGAAGGAGCGCAGGCGCUCGCGCGUGAACAGGAAGUCCUUGAGGCGGACCCUGAAGAACGGCCUGAGCGAUGAGCUGGUGCAGGCCUUAGGCCUGGCACAGGCGGCUGGUGUGGCCGUGUGACAGCAAGAAGCCCCACCAACGCCAUGCGCAGGCCGAGGCACAGGCAACUGCAAGGAGAGCCCGGGGUCACCCCAUAAGCUGAGGGCCAGGAAGCGGCUUGAAUGCCCAGUUCAACCCUGAUGAAAUCCUGCCAGUGUGGAUCACAGCCUCUCCCUGGCUGGUGAGGGUGGGGGCUAUCUGGGCCCACCCUUUCUCGUGGAGCAGGGCUGUAGGAACAGUAUUACCUAUGGACAUCUUGUGUUUGUGUGUGUUUCUGUCCAGCUGCAGCCUUUGUUGCAUGGCUCAGGGCCUUCGUUGCUCAGGAACAGGAGAGUUGACUGCAUGGCUAAGAAGCCUGGCACCAAAUAGAGCCGCAGAGUGAGUGAGUCUGUCUGUCUGUCUGUCUGUCUCUCUCUCUCUCUCUGGCAUCUCAUCCUCUUCAGCAGGUUCAGUUGCUCACAGCCAGCAAUGCAUACAAUUCCUUCCAGCUUGGGAUAGGGCCUCACUUCCAGGGCAGCCCCUCCAUCUCACCUGGACGGAGUCCCAUGGCUGCUGUUUCCUGUCGCUGAUUCUCUGGCUGCACGGAGGCCAGCAGCAGCUGCAUCAGGAGGGCCCAGCCACAGCCUGAGAGCGAAGCAGGGGCACAAUGCCUCCCCUCCCCCCACCUCUGCCAUCCAGAUGUGCAGCUCCGAACGGGAUGUGCUUGUCGAAGGGAGCCUCUUGCAUGCUGCGGGUGCGGCUGGGAGCUUAGAUGCGGGGGCCGAGGCUGCUCUCGGGUUGCAUAGAGCUCAUAUUUUGAAUGGUGUUCCAAAUAAGAAAUGAAAAAUAAAAACUGUUACAGUAC